AUGUUGCUUUGGCCUCUGCUUCCUGUGUUCCUGGCUGCAGUCGGCAUUUGUGGCUUCUGGGUUGUAUUUGCCAUGGCAGUUACAAAUGGCUCCGUCAACAUCACGGAAGCAUUUCCAUAUAUCAGCACGUGUGGUGCUUAUCCACCCCAGAGUUGUGUGUUUGGACAAAUUCUUAAUCUUGGAGCCUUUUUAGGUGUGGUGAUUUGCUUUCUAAAGUACCAACAGGUUCGAGAUUAUGGCUGUCAUUCCUGUCUGAAUUUAGUUGGACUUAUUUUAGGUCUACUUUGCGCCUUUGGUGCAUCAUUAGUGGGGAAUUUCCAGCAAUAUAACCAACUGGAAGUCCAUGUGACGGGUGCCUUCUUGGCUUUUGUGGUUGGCAUCUUUUACUUCUGGAUCCAGAGUUUUCUGACCAACCAAGUGAAACCAAGACAUGGAGGGAGCUGGAUCGGACCACUCCGGUUCUUCCUUAGCUUUUGUGGUUCUGCCUUGUUUAUUUCCACGGUUGCUCUUUUUUCCCUGCAAUUGCACUCUGAGGCAGCCUACUGUGAAUGGGCCAUGGCCAUGGCCCUCUUCCUGCUGUUUGGCCUUUUUGCGGUGGAUUUCCAGCACAUCGGCGGCUGCUCAGUCCAUGUACGGCACCGGUGUGCAGAUGAGAACUCCCAGAACAUGCAGACCUCAGUGCAGACUCUUCCGCUCUGA